AUGGCAACGACUUCCCAACAAGCUCUCGACGCCGAAAAGCUUUUCGAUGAGAUCAACUUUUCUUACAAGGUCGCUUUCAGAGACAACCCCACGCUUCAAAAGGUCUUCCAGGAAGCUCUAGAAGAUCCUGGAAAUGCGCGUGCCUCUAUACUCGAUGUCGGUUGCGGGACAGGUGGUCCCGUUUCAUCGACGCUUGUCGCAGCCGGUCACGAUGUUACUGACAUCGACGUCUGGCAAGUCAUGAAUGGCCUUUGCGGGAAAAACAUCAGAGAGAAAUUUCUCAAAGCAGAUACGACGACAUUUGAGCCAGAGAAACGGUUCGACGCGAUAUUCGCCAUCUUCUCUUUGUUGCAAAUGCCCUACCGAACGGUGUACUCCACGAUUUUCAAGUUUGCUUCGUGGUUGAAGCCGGGCGGCACUCUCAUCCUGGGAACAGUCCCAAGUGACGACUUGGUUGUGGAUAAAAGGCUUCUCGAUACCUCUGGCGAGUUCAUAGAUGGGAUCGAUGUUCGAUUCAUGGAUGACAUGAUUAAGUGUACGUUUGGCACGCCAAAUGGUUGGAAGAGGCUUGUUGAGGCAGUAGGGUUUGAGAUUAUGCGCAUGGAACACUCCUCUUUUAAAGCAAAAGUCCCAGCUUCCUACUCUCAACAGCAUCUUUUCCUCACUUGCAUGCUGGGCGCUAAGAACUCUUUGAUGGGUCCGUACCCUUUACCAUCUACCUACUGCCUUCCGUUCAUGCUGAGCGACGAGGCGUGGAGACCAUUUCAAGAAAGACUUACACGAUUCGAAUUUGAAGCCGUGAUGAAAGCGGUGGAAGACAAUGUUGAAAUCCUUGACGUGGGAAGUGGUUACGGAGAUCUCCCCAAAGCGAUCGCUCAAAAGUUAGGAAAAUCCUAUGCCAUCGAGCCAAAUCCUGAUCGGAUGCAAGUCAUCGAAAACCGAAACACUGAUUUGGGAGUUCAGAUCAAACAAGGAAGGGCAGAAGCAUUACCAUACUCAGACGACAGCUUCGAUGCUGUUGUAGCAAUGUGGAUUUUACACUAUGUCAGUGACGUUGAGAAAGCCCUAGAGGAGAUGGUUCGAGUCGCAAAUCGGAAAGCUGCCAACGCACGAAUCGUUAUUGUUCGAGGAGCCCCCGACAAUGAAUUGGUCAACCUCAUCAACAAUAUUUGCGCUCCAAUUGCAGCGCUAGACGCCAAAGAGAAUUAUGUCAGUCAUCAGGGUUUUCUGCUUACAACUGCCACCAGAAUAUUCAGUAAGAAUGGAUUUGGGGAUAUAAGUCUAGAGCGAGUGCAUGCACAUUGCAACUUCCCUGAAACGGACUUCACUUUACGCUGCUCGAAAGCGGCAGAGAUUUUAUCUGAAUUUUGGUAUCGUGACCAUCCUCGACUUGAGCAGAUGAGAACAGCAUUGCUUCCUGCUUUGGAGAAACAUUUUGAAGAUAGUCCAUUUAAGAUCGGUGAUCAAGCUGUUAUGCUUGUGGCAAAACCAACGCCAUCACUUGAUUUGGUGACAGUCUGA